AUGUUAAAUAAAAUCAAAAUUGAUUCUGAAUCCCGCUUAAGCGAAGAAUAGAAAAUUAAGGACCGGAGAAGGAACGUUAUCAUCUUAAUUCAACGAUAUCUUGUGAAUUCUGGUUAUAUUGACUCAGCAACAAAAUUGGGGACGGAAUCAAAUUUGACUUUGAAUUAAUAUGAUGCAGCAGAUAAUAUGGAUUUAUAUAUGAUAUUUUGCGAAUUUGAAUAGUUUUAUGAAAUGAAGUUCAUGAAACCUCCGAAACUUGUAAAAAAGGUUGAUGGUUAAAGCACUCCAGGAUUGCCUCGAAUCCCAAGUUCAGGAAAAAGUGGUAGUAACAAUAGCAGUAAUUCGAAUAAUCAAAAUGCAGCAGGUUCUAAUAAGAAAAAUGCUUAGUAAUCAAAGGAGAAGGAUAAUAAUAGUAAGGAUGCAAAAAAUGAACCUGAUUCACUAGAAAUUUAAGGAACAGGAGUUUAAUAAAAAUAAUAAAAUAACGAAGAUGCUAAUCAUAAGGACUGGUUUGAUCCAAGAGUUUUAAAAGGAUUACCUGAUUAUUCUGAUGUUCCUGAAUUUUAAUAAUUAGCAGCCUAUUUACAGAGAGAUAUUUGUUCAGAAAAUCCAAAUGUUAAAUUUUCUGAUAUCGCUGGUUUAGAUUAAGCCAAAAGACUGCUUAAAGAAGCUGUCUUAGUACCUUUAAAAUACCCACAUUUUUUCUAAGGAAUUUUGGAACCAUGGAAGGGUGUUUUAUUGUUUGGACCACCAGGAACAGGUAAAACGAUGUUAGCAAAAGCAGUGGCUACUGAAUGCAGAACUACAUUUUUUAAUGUUUAGGCUUCAUCAGUUGUUUCUAAAUGGAGAGGAGAAAGUGAAAAACUGAUUCGUGUUCUUUUUGAUUUAGCAAGACACUAUGAACCAAGCACAAUAUUCAUAGAUGAAAUGGAUUCAAUUAUGGGUUAAAGAGGAUCUGCUGGUAAUGAGCAUGAAGGAGGGAGAAGAAUGAAAACUGAAUUACUUAUAUAAUUAGAUGGUUUAUUAAAAUCAAAGAAGAGAGUCUUUUUAUUGGCUGCAUCAAAUUUGCCUUGGGACUUAGAUAUUGCUAUGUUAAGAAGAUUAGAAAAGAGAAUAUACAUACCAUUACCUGAUCAAGAAUCAAGAGAGUCGAUGAUUCGUCGAUAUAUUCCUUAAGAAAUGAGUGAAAAUCUCAAUUAUCCAUAAUUUGCAGAAGCUCUUAAAAAUUACAGUGGCAGUGAUAUCAAAUUAGUUUGUAAGGAAGCAGCAAUGAAACCACUUCGAAGACUCCUUAGUUAAAUUGAGGAUAUUUAAAACUUGACAUCAUAUGAUGAUGUAAGACCAGGACCAGUGACUGAAACAGAUUUUGCAGAGGCUAUGAACUAAGUCAAACCUUCACCAAGUGUAUUUGAGAAUCAAUAUUUAAAAUGGGAAAAGGAGAGUGGAUCGUGUUGA